UCUUCACUUCACAAGUGUAUAAGAGUAGUGUAUUGGAACUAGUUGUGUCUCAGUUGCAUUCUAGUUCGCAACAAAAAUCUAUCGUUAACUCAGUACAUCGAUUCAACAUAACUUGAAUUAAUUGCGGAAUGAAGACACUGAGCUUCGUCUUGUUAUUAGCAGUGCUGGUAUCGUUCUGUGAUGCUGCCCAAAACGAGUUUGGUGAUAACAAGGAAUUGUUGCGUUAUCCGAGAAAUGUAGAAGCUACCUGGAAAAAGUUUAUGGGUCGUCUCCUGAAGAACAUCAGAACUACUCGUGAAGCUGCAAAGCGCGAGUUGAAUUUACCCAAAGCACCUUCGGCUGCCAUCGACGAAAAGCAAGAAGAAGGCGUUGGUGUCGAGAACAACACCAAAAACAAUGGUACCAAAGUGAAUAGCCAAAGCUGUUCAUCUAUUUUCGGCUGUACGAUCACGGCAACUGAAAACAGCACCGUUCAUGUCGGCAACAGCAGUAGCAGCGUGGACAGUAGCAAUAACAGCAGCAACAGCAACAGCUCCAACGGUAGUACGAGUACCUCAGGUGGAGGCGGCACUGCUACCAGCAAUAAUAGCAGCAGCAGCAGUAGCAGUAGCAGUGGCAAAUAAAAAGUGAAAUUAUGUCAAGAAAGGGUUAAGGACAUAAUUUUCAAUUUGUAACAUAACCAAUUUUUGUUAAACCUGAAAAUGUUAAAAUUUGAAUACAAGUUAUUGUAGAAUAGGUCUGUCUGGUGCAGGCUAUUCGACCAUUGAAUGGAACAAGAACAAAAUAUCGAUUUAAUUUACAAUGAUUAUAUUUUGGCGGGCAAUCAAGUUCAACCAAUAAAUAAUUAAUAUGAAAACAACAAUGAUCAAUUAAUAUUUUCGAACUUCAGCGUAUUGAUUGGCUGUGGGGUAAGGCUUUGGGUCCUCUUUGUAAUAGGCAGGAGUUGCGUAGGUUGUUGUGUAGUGCUCAGGAGCCUUGGUGUUGCUGUAAUACUUUGGAUUCUCGGUGUAGUAACUGGGAGCAGCAUAGGUUGUGGUGUAGUACUCUUGCGCUUUGCUUGUGGUGUAAUAGGAAGCCGCGGUGUAAUACUCAGGUGCUUUCGUGGUGUAAAUUGGAUCAGCGUAGUAAGGUGCAGCAGUGGUGUAGUAAUUUAGAGCUGGGCUAUACUUGGCAGCUUCAGUGGUGUAGCUUGGAGCGGAGUAGUAGCUGGGGGCAGCUUUGGUGUAGUAAAUGGGAUCAACAUAAUAAGGAGCAGCAGUCGUGUAGUACUCUGGGGCAGUCUUGCUGGUGUAGUAAGUUGGUGCUGAAUAGCACUUGGAGUGGGGAGCAACUGUGGUGUAGUAUUCAGGAUCAGCCUUAGCGUAGUAAGUUGCAGUAUAACUGGGAGCAGAGUAGCUUGGAGCAGAGUAGCUUGGAGCAGAGUAGCUUGGAGCAGAGUAGCUUGGAGCAGAGUAGCUUGGAGCAGAGUAGUAACUGGGGACAGCAGGGGUGUAGUAACUUGGAUGGACAUCAUACGAAGGAGCAGCAGUGGUGUAGUAAGUUGGUGCUGCGUAAUUCUGUGGUGUUUCAGUGGUGUAGCUUGGAGCAGAGUAGUACUUCGGGUCCUCCUUGUAGUAACUUGGGGCUGCAGUAGUUGUGGUGUAGUACUUUGGCGGAUCAGCAG